UGGAAUAUUUCUCAAUUUAUUUACAUUUUAAUUUUUUUAAUCAGAGGUUUGCUAGUUUCCUUCACAUAGAGCCUGUACAUAUUUUGUUAGAUUUAUGCCUAAGUAUUUAUUUCUUCUUUUUUUUUGAGGCUAAUGUAAAUGGUAUUGUGUUUUUAAUUUCAAAUUCCAAUUUUCUUUGCUGAGGAAAGCAAUUGACCUUUAACCCUGUAGCCUUGUUAAAAUUGCUUAUUAAUUCCAGGAGGUUUUUGUUUAUUCUUAGGUAUUUUUUACAUAAAAAAUCAUGCCAUCUACAAAGACAGUUUUAUUUAUUACUUGCUAGUAUGAAUAUCUUUUAUUUCCCUUUCUUGUCUUACAUUAGGCAGGAGGUUUAGUAUAAUGUCACUUAGGAGUAGUGACAGGGGACAUCCUUACCUUGUUCCUGAUCUUAGAGGGAAAGCAUCUAGUUUCUCACCAUUAAGAAUCUGCAAUAUUUUUCUAUCAAGUUGAGUAAAUAUCCUUCGAUUCCUAGUUUUCUGAGUUUUUUUUUAUCAUGAAUGGGUGUUGAUUUUUUUUCUUCUUCCCCCACCUUCCCUCUUCUUCUUUCCCCACCUUCUUUCCUCAGCUUCUUUUCCCUAUCCCCACCUUCCCUCUCUUCUUCCCCUGCCAUCCCUCUUCUUCUUUCCCCUUUCCCCACCAUCCCUCUUUUUCUUUCCCCACCUUCCGUCUUCUUUCCCCUCUUUCUUUCCUCACCUUCCUUCUUCUUUUUCCCCCCUCAUCUCCCUUCCUCUUUCCCCACCAUCCCUCUUCUUCUUUCCCCACCUUCCCUCUUCUUGUGAAAAUAUUUUUCUUCAUUGGUUGAUGUGAUCAUGUGAUUGUAUAUUUUUGCAUAUAAUUGAUAUGUCUCAAAGUUAUAUUUUUCAAGACAAUUUCUUAUUUCUCUAAGAUUUUAAGAUUUAUUCAUAUAGAAUUCUAUGUUGGAUAUUUUAUUUAUUUAACAAAUAUUUAUUGAGUAUAUACUAUGCUGAAGAUACGUUAGGUAUGGAAGAUACAUUAAUAAAUAAGGCUGCAUGAAAGUUUUGGAAUAAGUUUGCAUUUGGUAUAGAGGAAGGUAAGAUGAUGAUGAGGAAAGAACUGAAAAAGGGGAGAGGGAAUUGGGCAACAGUAAAUCACAGAGAAUGUGACAUUUCUUGUCUUUCAACUUUUCCUCCCUGUACUUUCAAUUAGGGAAAUGAUCACUCUCUAAGGGACACCUGAAUGACUCCACACUUCUGUGAUUUCUGCAGUCUCUAACUGCUCUGGAGCUUAGAGUCAUAUCCAAACCCCUUAGCAUAAAAUGGCACAAUUUUAUGACCUACUCUUUGCCUAACCGUUCAGUCAUAUCACUUAUGUCCAAUUGCCCAAAUGGUCCAUGCACAUGCUGCUCCAUCUACCUCCACUAUUCUGUACCCUCUUUUUUGCUGGGGCAACCCCUAAUUAUCUUUUAUUAUCUUGAUCACCCUCUCAGAGCCUAAAUUGCUUCCAUUAAGUUGCAUUCUAAAUUAUUUCCAGUCCUUCAGUGAACUUAGAAAUAAUGUUUUGCUCUUGAACUUCUCCACCUCAUUUUCUUCCUUCACACCCCUAGUGUUCACUAUAAUUCUCACCAUACUGUGCUCACCCAAUAAUAGAAGGUAGAGCUGUAAGAAGACCUACUAGACAGACAAAAUUCUAAUCUCUUCUCCCAUAACAAAGUUUCAUUCUGUUAAAACUGAAAGGUAAAUUCUAAGGUCGAAUGUGGAAAUAAGUAUGUAGAAAGGUAAAUUUUGUGUAAGGGAGUACAAUAGGACUCUCAGUGAUGGCUUCUAUUUUCUCUAAGAUAGAAGCAAGUUCAUCUGCUAGGAGUGUGAAGUGUAGACACGGGGUUGGGACUUAAAGAGGAUGUUAAAGGUUUGAAUAAUUGUGGCAAAUAGGAGAGGAAGCUGAAGACAAGAAGGAUUUGGGAGUGUGCUGAAGAUGGAGUUCAGCUGGAAACUGAAUGUGCAGUGGUCAGGACAUUGAUGUCACUAAUGACAUUGUCCUGAUGUCUCCUGCAGCAUUUUGCUCCCCAAAGGUAGAAGUAGAGACCAAUGGUUGGACUGAUGCAGGUUUAGGACUUUGCUGGGUGGAUACAAUCAGGGAUAUAAGAAUAUGAUGUAUUCAUUAAGUACUGCAGCAUUGACAUUGAAUAACCUCUUCAAAUUCUGUCUCUGCCCCUCACCAUGUGACCUUGUGCAAAUUAUUUAACCUUCUGAAGUCUUAUUGUCUCACAUUUAAGAUAAGGAUAAUCAUAUAUACUUUAUUAAUUUAACAGAUAUUGAGUGCCCUCCUCUAUACUUUUCUGGGACCUGGAGAUAAAGCUGAGAUCAAAAUUACUACCUUCCUGGAGCUUAUAAUCUAAUGAGAAGAGAGAUACGAGAUAAAUGAAAUAUAUAGUACUUUAGAUGGCAAAAUGCUUAGGGGAAAAAGAAACAAAGAAGUAUAUAGUGCAUGCAGGAAACUGCAAUUUUAUUUAUGUUUGUAUUGAUACAUAUUUGUACAUAUUUAUGGGGUGUGGUAGUUUGAUAUAUGCAUACAAUGUGUAAUGAUCAAAUCAGGGUGUUUAGGAUAUCUAUCACCUCAAACAUUGAUCAUUUUUGUGUUGGGAACAUUUCUAAUCUCCUAGUUAUUUUGAAAUAUAUAACAUAUUGUUAACUAUAGUCACCCUACUGUGCUAUCAAACACUUGAACUUAUUCCUUCUAUCUAUGUUUGUACCCAUUAACCAAUCUCUUCCCUGCCUCCCCCAACUCCACCUUCCUAGCCUCUGGUACUUAUCUCUACUCCAUGAGAUCAACUUUUUAAGCUCCCACAUGAGUGAGACCAUGGGAUAUUUGUCUUUCUGUGCCAGACUUAUUUCACUUAGAAUAAUGACCUCCAGUUCCGUAAGAUGGGCAGCCAGGAAAGGCCUUACUUAGCUGAUGUUUGAAUUGUGAAGUUAUGUAAUCAUUAAAAUGAGUAUACAUACAAUGGGCCAGCUGAGUGCACAGCAAGAUUCAAUAAAUUCAAACUAACAUUACUCUUAUUGCCAAGAGAGUGCCUGAAAUGACAGCUCAUUGGGAGCUGGCUACUUUCCUUCCCUUUCCUUAGGGGUUUAAGGAAAGCAUGAGUGAUUUCAGUCUUUUGCUGGAGCUCCUCACUGACACUCAUUGCAGAGCCUGAGCCCUCAACUCUCAAUUUUUGCUUAGGUCCUGGCUUAGGCUCCACUUUGUAAGAGGCACCUUCCUAGUAUUCACUACUCUCUCUCUCACAAUCAUGUCCUUACAGACAUUGCUGAUCCUCUUUCAUACUGACACCGGGUUCUAGUCCGAGUUCCAUCACUAAGUCGCUGUUUGACUUUGGGCAAGUUACUUCUGUGGUUAAUUAUUUUUCAUCAACAAAAUCAAAAGGUGAAACUAGACGAACAACUAAGAGGCUCCAGUAUUUUAUGAAUCUAAGAGUCCCAUAUCCCCCACUCCCUUCUCACAGCUCAUUCAACAAUCCUAAUGGCAGCGGGUGCCCGCAGUCUCAAGUCUCUGCGGAAGCCCAAGCCGCAGUCUCGGUCAGUCACAGCCGACGAAGCGGAGGAAUUGGAGGAAGCCAGCAUAACCACCUCACACUGAGAACAUCUGACCUUUCCCAGAACGCCCGCCCACUCGACACUUCCUGUCCCUCCCCAGAUCUUGUUCCGGGGCACCUACUCGCGUCUAAUCACGCCCCUCAUUCACUCUUUAGGGUCCAUUGGCUGUUUCUUUGAGGAAGCGGAGCAUCUUCUGUCGUUGAUUGGUUUCCGUCAUUGUUGAUAGGUUGGUAACAAACAAGGUGUGCCUGGUCUCCCUGGUAACGUCCUGCCGAUAGUCCUGAUUGGUCGGUGUCUUAAUCCCAUCUUCCGUCCCAACUGCUAGUGGCUGAGUCCCUGGCGGGGCGCGGCGGUGGAAGGUGUCGCGUACGGGCUUCCCGAGCUGACGUGGCUUGAAUUGGGAGGGGGGCAGCUGGAGCCUCAGGCGGCAGCGCUUCUAGGUGAGUGGGGGACGCUAUCCAACUCUUCCCUCUGCGAGUCCAAUAACGGUCACCCCCGCCAGAGGGGCCGCGGGAGCUGCCCAAGCAGCUACACCGGAGUCCCCUCCUCGCCCCGCCUCUCCCGGAUUCAGUCCUGGAUCCGGCCCUUCACCCGCUUCCUUCACCUACCAGGCCUCGUUCUAGUAGCCCACAAGCCUCUCGGCCUCUCCGGUGGGCCUUCGGGGUCACCCUGCGUAGACUUGGACCACUUGCUCACGGUCUGUCCCCUCCCCGGUACGUUUCUCCUCUGGGAGCGACGGGGAAAAGCGCCUAGGUCAGUCCUGUCCGCACGGCCUUGUUCCUGGAGCGGCCUGCCUAAGUCGGCCUCCGUACGCAGCCGCUGACGUCAGAAAGAACCUGCUGGGCCCCUGUGCUCAGGCCCUAAACAAACUUGGUGUCCCGAAGGGGAGGCGCGACCAAAAGAAAUCAAAGGUCUUUAGGGCGGAGAUCACAGAAUCAUUGGAGAUAUUAAUGCAAACGGAGGCCUGUCCAAUAAUCCUGCUAGUGCUAAUGGGUUACUGGAAAGAUGAGAAGAGAGGAAAGAUCCCAACGAUCCCGUCAACACGAAAAUCCCAGGAAUCAGAGAAAUGCUGAGCCGAUUAUCAGGAUUAGCAAAUGUUGUUUUGCAUGAAUUAUCAGGAGAUGAUGACACUGAUCAGAAUAUGAGGGCUCCCUUAGACCCUGAAUUACACCAAGAAUCUGACAUGGAAUUUAAUAAUACUACACAAGAAGAUGUUCAGGAGCGCCUGGCUUAUGCAGAGCAAUUGGUGGUGGAGCUAAAAGAUAUUAUUAGACAGAAGGAUGUUCAACUGCAGCAGAAAGAUGAAGCUCUACAGGAAGAAAGAAAAGCUGCUGAUAACAAAAUUAAAAAACUAAAACUUCAUGCGAAGGCCAAAUUAACUUCUUUGAAUAAAUACAUAGAAGAAAUGAAAGCACAAGGAGGGACUGUUCUGCCUACAGAACCUCAGUCAGAGGAGCAACUUUCCAAGCGUGACAAGAGUUCUACAGAGGAAGAGAUGGAAAUAGAAAAGAUAAAACAUAAGCUCCAGGAGAAGGAGGAACUAAUCAGCACUUUGCAAGCCCAGCUUACUCAGGCACAGGCAGAACAACCUGCACAGAGUUCUACAGAGAUGGAAGAAUUUGUAAUGAUGAAGCAACAGCUCCAGGAGAAGGAAGAACUCAUUAGCACUUUACAAGCCCAGCUCAGCCAGACACAGGCAGAGCAAGCUGCACAGUUGAGUUCCAUGCAGCAGGUGGUCCGAGAGAAAGAUGCCCGCUUUGAAACACAAGUUCGUCUUCAUGAAGAUGAGCUUCUUCAGUUAGUAACCCAGGCAGAUGUGGAAACAGAGAUGCAACAGAAAUUGAGGGUGCUGCAAAGGAAGCUUGAGGAACAUGAAGAAUCCUUGGUGGGCCGUGCUCAGGUCGUUGACUUGCUGCAACAGGAGCUGACUGCUGCUGAGCAGAGAAACCAGAUUCUCUCUCAGCAGUUACAGCAGAUGGAAGCUGAGCAUAAUACUUUGAGGAACACUGUGGAAACAGAAAGAGAGGAGUCCAAGAUUCUACUGGAAAAGAUGGAACUUGAAGUGGCAGAGAGAAAAUUAUCCUUCCAUAAUCUGCAGGAAGAAAUGCAUCAUCUUUUAGAACAGUUUGAGCAAGCAGGCCAAGCCCAGGCUGAACUAGAGUCUCGGUAUAGUGCUUUGGAGCAGAAGCACAAAGCAGAAAUGGAAGAGAAGACCUCUCAUGUUUUGAGUCUUCGAAAGACUGGACAAGAGCUGCAGUCUGCCUGUGAUGCUCUAAAGGAUCAAAAUUCAAAGCUUCUCCAAGAUAAGAAUGAACAGGCAGUUCAGUCAGCCCAGACCAUUCAGCAACUGGAAGAUCAGCUCCAGCAAAAAUGCGAAGAAAUUAGCCAAUUUCUAAAUAGACUGCCCUUGCAACAACAUGAAACAGCAUCUCAGACUUCUUUCCCAGAUGUUUAUAAUGAGGGCACACAGGCAGUCACUGAGGAGAAUAUUGCUUCUUUGCAGAAGAGAGUGGUAGAACUAGAGAAUGAAAAGGGAGCCUUGCUCCUUAGUUCUAUAGAGCUGGAGGAGCUGAAAGCUGAGAAUGAAAAACUGUCUUCUCAGAUUACUCUCCUAGAGGCUCAGAAUAGAACUGGGGAGGCAGACAGAGAAGUCAGUGAGAUCAGCAUUGUUGAUAUUGCCAACAAGAGGAGCUCUUCUGCUGAGGAAAGUGGACAAGAUGUUCUAGAAAACACAUUUUCUCAGAAACAUAAAGAAUUAUCAGUUUUAUUGUUGGAAAUGAAAGAAGCUCAAGAGGAAACUGCAUUUCUUAAAUUACAGCUCCAGGGAAAAAGGGCUGAGGAAGGAGAUCAUGAGGUCCUUGACCAGAAAGAAAUGAAACAGAUGGAGGGUGAGGGAAUAGCUCCAAUUAAAAUGAAAGUAUUUCUUGAAGAUACAGGGCAAGAUUUUCCCUUAAUGCCAAAUGAAGAGAGCAGUCUUCCAGCAGUUGAAAAAGAACAGGCGAGCACUGAACAUCAAAGUAGAACAUCUGAGGAAAUAUCUUUAAAUGAUGCUGGAGUAGAAUUGAAAUCAACAAAGCAGGAUGGUGAUAAAUCCCUUUCUGCUGUACCAGAUAUUGGUCAGUGUCAUCAGGAUGAGUUGGAAAGGUUAAAAAGUCAAAUUUUGGAGCUCGAGCUAAACUUUCAUAAAGCACAAGAAAUCUAUGAGAAAAAUUUAGAUGAGAAAGCUAAGGAAAUUAGCAACCUAAACCAGUUGAUUGAGGAGUUUAAGAAAAAUGCUGACAACAACAGCAGUGCAUUCACUGCUUUGUCUGAAGAAAGAGACCAGCUUCUCUCUCAGGUGAAGGAACUUAGCAUGGUAACAGAAUUGAGGGCUCAGGUAAAGCAACUGGAAAUGAACCUUGCAGAAGCAGAAAGGCAAAGAAGACUUGAUUAUGAAAGCCAAACUGCCCAUGACAACCUGCUCACUGAACAGAUCCAUAGUCUCAGCAUAGAAGCCAAAUCUAAAGAUGUGAAAAUUGAAGUUUUACAGAAUGAACUGGAUGAUGUGCAGCUUCAGUUUUCUGAGCAGAGUACCCUGAUAAGAAGCCUGCAAAGCCAGCUGCAAAAUAAGGAAAGUGAAGUGCUUGAGGGGGCAGAACGUGUAAGGCAUAUCUCAAGUAAGGUGGAAGAACUGUCCCAGGCUCUUUCACAGAAGGAACUUGAAAUAGCAAAAAUGGAUCAGCUCUUACUAGAGAAAAAGAGAGAUGUGGAAACCCUCCAACAAACCAUCGAGGAGAAGGAUCAACAAGUGACAGAAAUCAGCUUUAGUAUGACUGAGAAAAUGGUUCAGCUUAAUGAAGAGAAGUUUUCUCUUGGGGUUGAAAUUAAGACUCUUAAAGAACAGCUAAAUUUAUUAUCCAGAGCUGAGGAAGCAAAAAAAGAGCAGGUGGAAGAAGAUAAUGAAGUUUCUUCUGGCCUUAAACAAAAUUAUGAUGAGAUGAGCCCAGCAGGACAAAUAAGUAAGGAAGAACUUCAGCAUGAAUUUGACCUUCUGAAGAAAGAAAAUGAGCAGAGAAAGAGAAAGCUCCAGGCAGCUCUUAUUAACAGAAAGGAGCUUCUGCAAAGAGUCAGUAGAUUGGAAGAAGAAUUAGCCAACUUGAAAGAUGAAUCUAAGAAAGAAAUCCCACUCAGUGAGACUGAGAGGGGAGAAGUGGAAGAAGAUAAAGAAAACAAAGAAUACUCAGAAAAAUGUGUGACUUCUAAGUGCCAAGAAAUAGAAAUUUAUUUAAAACAGACAAUAUCUGAGAAAGAAGUGGAACUACAGCAUAUAAGGAAGGAUUUGGAAGAAAAGCUGGCAGCUGAAGAGCAAUUCCAGGCUCUGGUCAAACAGAUGAAUCAGACCUUGCAAGAUAAAACAAACCAAAUAGAUUUGCUCCAAGCAGAAAUCAGUGAAAACCAAGCAAUUAUCCAGAAGUUAACCACAAGUAACACGGAUGCAAGUGAUGGGGACUCCGUAGCACUUGUAAAGGAAACAGUGGUGAUAAGUCCAUCUUGUACAGGUAGUAGUGAACACUGGAAACCAGAACUAGAAGAAAAGAUACUGGCCCUUGAAAAAGAAAAGGAGCAACUUCAAAAGAAGCUACAGGAAGCCUUAACCUCCCGCAAGGCAAUUCUUAAAAAGGCACAGGAGAAAGAAAGACAUCUCAGGGAGGAGCUAAAGCAACAGAAAGAUGACUAUAAUCGCUUGCAAGAACAGUUUGAUGAGCAAAGCAAGGAAAAUGAGAAUAUUGGAGACCAGCUAAGGCAACUCCAGAUUCAAGUAAGGGAAUCCAUAGAUGGAAAACUCCCAAGCACAGACCAGCAGGAAUCGUGUUCUCCCACUCCAGGUUUAGAAGAACCUUUAUUCAAAGCCACAGAACAGCAUCACACUCAGCCUGUUUUAGAGUCCAACUUGUGCCCAGACUGGCCUUCUCAUUCUGAAGAUGCGAGUGCUCUGCAGGGCGGAACUUCUGUUGCCCAGAUUAAGGCCCAGCUGAAGGAAAUAGAGGCUGAGAAAGUAGAGUUAGAAUUGAAAGUUAGUUCUACAACAAGUGAACUUACUAAAAAAUCAGAAGAGGUAUUUCAGUUACAAGAGCAGAUAAAUAAACAGGGUUUAGAAAUCGAGAGUCUAAAGACAGUAUCCCAUGAAGCUGAAGUCCAUGCAGAAAGCCUGCAGCAGAAAUUGGAAGGCAGCCAACUACAAAUUGCUGGCCUAGAACAUCUAAGAGAAUUGCAGCCUAAACUAGAUGAACUGCAAAAACUCAUAAGCAAAAAGGAAGAAGACGUUAGCUACCUUUCUGGACAACUUAGUGAGAAAGAAGCAGCUCUCACUAAAAUACAGACAGAGAUAAUAGAACAAGAAGAUUUAAUUAAGGCUCUGCAUACACAGCUAGAAAUGCAAGCCAAAGAGCAUGAUAAGAGGAUAAAGCAGCUACAGGUGGAACUUUGUGAAAUGAAGCAAAAACCAGAAGAGAUUGGAGAAGAAAGUAGAGCAAAGCAACAAAUACAAAGGAAACUGCAAGCUGCCCUUAUUUCCCGAAAAGAAGCACUAAAAGAAAACAAAAGUCUCCAAGAGGAAUUGUCUUUGGCCAGAGGUACCAUUGAAUGUCUCACCAAGUCUCUGGCAGAUGUGGAAAGCCAAGUUUCUGCUCAAAAUAAAGAAAAAGAUACGGUCUUAGGAAGGUUAGCUCUUCUUCAAGAAGAAAGAGACAAACUCAUUACAGAAAUGGACAGGUCUUUACUGGAAAAUCAGAGUCUCAGCGGCUCCUGUGAAAGUCUAAAACUAGCUCUAGAGGGUCUUACUGAAGACAAGGAAAAGUUAGUGAAGGAAAUUGAAUCUUUGAAAUCUUCUAAGAUUGCAGAAAGUACUGAGUGGCAAGAGAAACACAAGGAGCUACAAAAAGAGUAUGAAAUCCUUCUGCAGUCCUAUGAGAAUGUUAGUAAUGAAGCAGAAAGGAUUCAGCACAUGGUGGAAGCUGUGAGGCAAGAGAAACAAGAACUGUAUGGCAAGUUAAGAAGCACAGAGGCAAACAAGAAGGAGACAGAAAAGCAGUUGCAGGAAGCUGAGCAAGAAAUGGAGGAAAUGAAAGAAAAGAUGAGAAAGUUUGCUAAAUCUAAACAGCAGAAAAUCCUAGAGCUGGAAGAAGAGAAUGACCGGCUUAGGGCAGAGGUGCACCCUGCAGGAGAUACAGCUAAAGAGUGUAUGGAAACACUUCUUUCUUCCAAUGCCAGCGUGAAGGAAGAACUUGAAAGGGUCAAAAUGGAGUAUGAAACCCUUUCUAAGAAGUUUCAGUCUUUAAUGUCUGAGAAAGACUCUCUAAGUGAAGAGGUUCAAGAUUUAAAGCAUCAGAUAGAAGGUAAUGUAUCUAAACAAGCUAACCUAGAGGCCACCGAGAAACAUGAUAACCAAACGAAUGUCACUGAAGAGGGAACACAGUCUAUACCAGGUGAGACUGAAGAGCAAGACUCUCUGAGUAUGAGCGCAAGACCUACAUGUUCAGAAUCGGUUCCAUCAGCGAAGAGUGCCAACCCUGCUGUAAGUGAGGAUUUCAGCUCACACGAUGAAAUUAAUAACUACCUACAGCAGAUUGAUCAGCUCAAAGAAAGAAUUGCUGGAUUAGAGGAGGAGAAGCAGAAAAACAAGGAAUUUAGCCAGACUUUAGAAAACGAGAAAAAUACCUUACUGAGUCAGAUAUCAACAAAGGAUGGUGAACUAAAAAUGCUUCAGGAGGAAGUAACCAAAAUGAACCUGUUAAAUCAGCAAAUCCAAGAAGAACUCUCCAGAGUUACCAAACUAAAGGAGACAGCAGAAGAAGAGAAAGAUGAUUUGGAAGAGAGGCUUAUGAAUCAAUUAGCAGAGCUUAAUGGAAGCAUUGGGAAUUACUGUCAGGAUGUUACAGAUGCCCAAAUAAAAAAUGAGCUAUUGGAAUCUGAAAUGAAGAACCUUAAAAAGUGUGUGAGUGAAUUGGAAGAAGAAAAGCAGCAGUUAGUCAAGGAAAAAUCUAAGGUGGAAUCAGAAAUACGAAAGGAAUAUUUGGAGAAAAUACAAGGUGCUCAGAAAGAACCCGGAAAUAAAAGCCAUGCAAAGGAACUUCAGGAACUGUUAAAAGAAAAACAACAAGAAGUAAAGCAGCUACAGAAGGACUGCAUCAGGUAUCAAGAGAAAAUUAGUGCUCUGGAGAGAACUGUUAAAGCUCUAGAAUUUGUUCAAACUGAAUCUCAAAAAGAUUUGGAAAUAACCAAAGAAAAUCUAGCUCAAGCAGUUGAACACCGCAAAAAGGCACAAGCAGAAUUAGCUAGCUUCAAAGUCCUGCUAGAUGACACUCAAAGUGAAGCAGCAAGGGUCCUAGCAGACAAUCUCAAGUUGAAAAAGGAACUUCAGUCAAAUAAAGAAUCAGUUAAAAGCCAGAUGAAACAAAAGGAUGAAGAUCUUGAGCGAAGACUGGAACAGGCAGAAGAGAAGCACCUGAAAGAGAAGAAGAAUAUGCAAGAGAAACUGGAUGCUUUGCGCAGAGAAAAAGUCCACUUGGAAGAGACAAUUGGAGAGAUUCAGGUUACUUUGAACAAGAAAGACAAGGAAGUUCAGCAACUUCAGGAAAACUUGGACAGUACUGUGACCCAGCUUGCAGCCUUUACUAAGAGCAUGUCUUCCCUCCAGGAUGAUCGUGACAGGGUGAUAGAUGAAGCUAAGAAAUGGGAGAGGAAGUUUAGUGAUGCGAUUCAAACCAAAGAAGAAGAAAUUAGACUCAAAGAAGAUAAUUGCAGUGUUCUAAAGGAUCAACUUAGACAGAUGUCCAUCCAUAUGGAAGAAUUAAAGAUUAACAUUUCCAGGCUUGAACAUGACAAGCAGAUUUGGGAGUCCAAGGCCCAGACAGAGGUCCAGCUUCAGCAGAAGGUCUGUGAUACUCUACAGGGGGAAAACAAAGAACUUUUGUCCCAGCUAGAAGAGACACGCCACCUAUACCACAGUUCUCAGAAUGAAUUAGCUAAGUUGGAAUCAGAACUUAAGAUUCUCAAAGACCAGUUGACUGAUUUAAGUAACUCUUUAGAAAAAUGUAAGGUACAAAAAGGAAACUUGGAAGGGAUCAUAAGGCAGCAAGAGGCUGAUAUUCAAAAUUCUAAGUUCAGUUAUGAACAACUGGAGACUGAUCUUCAGGCCUCCAGAGAACUGACCAGUAGGCUGCAUGAAGAAAUAAAUAUGAAAGAGCAAAAGAUUAUAAGCCUGCUUUCUGGCAAGGAAGAGGCAAUCCAAGUAGCUAUUGCUGAACUGCGUCAGCAACAUGAUAAAGAAAUUAAAGAGCUGGAAAACCUGCUGUCCCAGGAGGAAGAGGAGAAUAUUGUUUUAGAAGAGGAGAACAAAAAGGCUGUUGAUAAAACCAAUCAGCUUAUGGAAACACUGAAAACCAUCAAAAAGGAAAACAUUCAGCAAAAGGCACAGUUGGAUUCCUUUGUUAAAUCCAUGUCUUCUCUCCAAAAUGAUCGAGACCGCAUAGUGGGUGACUAUCAACAGCUGGAAGAGCGACAUCUCUCUGUAAUCUUGGAAAAAGACCAACUCAUCCAAGAGGCUGCUGCGGAGAAUAAUAAGCUUAAAGAAGAAAUACGAGGCUUGAGAAGUCAUAUGGAUGAUCUCAAUUCUGAGAAUGCCAAGCUAGAUGCAGAACUGAUCCAAUAUAGAGAAGACCUGAACCAAGUGAUAACAAUAAAGGACAGCCAACAAAAGCAGCUUCUUGAAGUUCAAGUUCAGCAAAAUAAGGAGCUGAAAAAUAAAUAUGCUAAAUUAGAAGAAAAGCUGAAGGAAUCUGAGGAAGCAAAUGAGGAUCUGCGGAGGUCCUUUAAUACCCUACAAGAAGAGAAACAAGAUUUAUCUAAAGAGAUAGAGAGUUUGAAAGUAUCUAUAUCCCAGCUAACAAGACAAGUAACAGCCUUGCAAGAAGAGGGUACUUUAGGACUCUAUCAUGCCCAGUUAAAAGUAAAAGAAGAAGAGGUACAGAGGUUAAGUGCUUUGUUUUCCUCCUCUCAAAAGAGAAUUGCAGAACUGGAAGAAGAAUUGGUUUGUGUUCAAAAGGAAGCUGCCAAGAAGGUAGGUGAAAUUGAAGAUAAACUGAAGAAAGAAUUAAAGCAUCUUCAUCAUGAUGCAGGGAUAAUGAGAAAUGAAACUGAAACAGCAGAAGAGAGAGUGGCAGAGCUAGCAAGAGAUCUGGUGGAGAUGGAACAGAAAUUACUCAUGGUCACCAAAGAAAAUAAAGGUCUCACAGCACAAAUUCAGUCUUUUGGAAGGUCUAUGAGUUCCUUGCAAAAUAGUAGAGAUCAUGCCAAUGAGGAACUUGAUGAACUGAAAAGGAAAUAUGAUGCCAGUCUGAAGGAAUUGGCACAGUUGAAAGAACAGGGACUCUUAAACAAAGAGAGAGAUGCUCUUCUUUCUGAAACCACCUUUUCAAUGAACUCCACUGAGGAGAACAGCUUGUCUCACCUUGAGAAACUUAACCAACAGCUCCUAUCCAAAGAUGAGCAAUUGCUUCACUUGUCCUCACAACUAGAAGAUUCUUAUAACCAAGUGCAGUCCUUUUCCAAGGCUAUGGCCAGUCUGCAGAAUGAGAGAGAUCACCUGUGGAAUGAGCUGGAGAAAUUUCGAAAGUCAGAGGAAGGGAAGCAGAGGUCUGCAGCUCAGCCUUCCACCAGCCCAGCUGAAGUACAGAGUUUAAAAAAAGCUAUGUCUUCACUCCAAAAUGACAGAGACAGACUACUGAAGGAAUUGAAGAAUCUGCAGCAGCAAUACUUACAGAUUAAUCAAGAGAUCACUGAGUUACGUCCACUGAAGGCUCAACUUCAGGAGUAUCAAGAUAAGACAAAAACAUUUCAGAUUAUGCAAGAAGAGCUCAGGCAGGAAAACCUCUCCUGGCAGCAUGAGCUGCAUCAGCUCAGGAUGGAGAAGAGUUCCUGGGAAAUACAUGAGAGGAGAAUGAAGGAACAGUACCUUAUGGCUAUCUCAGAUAAAGAUCAGCAGCUCAGUCAUCUGCAGAAUCUUAUAAGGGAAUUGAGGUCUUCUUCCUCCCAGACUCAGCCUCUCAAAGUGCAAUACCAAAGACAGGCAUCCCCAGAGACAUCAGCUUCCCCAGAUGGGUCACAAAAUCUGGUUUAUGAGACAGAACUUCUCAGGACCCAGCUCAAUGACAGCUUAAAAGAAAUUCACCAAAAGGAGUUAAGAAUUCAGCAACUGAACAGCAACUUCUCUCAGCUACUGGAAGAGAAAAACACCCUUUCCAUUCAGCUCUGCGAUACCAGUCAGAGUCUUCGUGAGAACCAGCAGCACUAUGGUGACCUUUUAAAUCACUGUGCAGUCUUGGAGAAGCAGGUUCAAGAGCUGCAGGCGGUGAGUAAGGAGAAGGGGCCACUAAAUAUAGAUGUUGCUCCAGGAGCUCCCCAGGAAAAGAAUGGAGUUCACAGAAAGAGUGACCCUGAGGAACUAAGGGAACCGCAGCAAAGCUUUUCUGAAGCUCAGCAGCAGCUAUGCAACACCAGACAGGAAGUGAAUGAAUUAAGGAAGCUGCUGGAAGAAGAACGAGACCAAAGAGUGGCUGCUGAGAAUGCUCUCUCUGUGGCCGAGGAGCAGAUCAGACGGUUAGAGCACAGUGAAUGGGACUCUUCCCGGACUCCUAUCAUUGGCUCCUGUGGCACUCAGGAACAGGCACUGUUAAUAGAUCUUACAAGCAACAGUUGUCGAAGGACCCGGAGUGGCGUUGGAUGGAAGCGAGUCCUGCGUUCACUCUGUCAUUCACGGACCCGAGUGCCACUUCUAGCAGCCAUCUACUUUCUAAUGAUUCAUGUCCUGCUCAUUCUGUGUUUUACGGGCCAUCUAUAGACUUAGUUGUUACUCUUUGGACCACUCCCCUCAAAACUUGGAAUUCUCUCACCUCUAACAUCAGAACAUCAAUUCCAGUGGAACAGUCUUCCCAUUUACAGGUCUCUCCAACUCUUCACGGAAAGUGCCUGCAAAAACAGAGGUGGAUAUGAGGACAGGUUGGAGCUGCAGGGACUGGCGAGUCUGCUUUCUUCUACUGCCCUGAGCCUGAACACUUCUGCUUAAUCUGAGAAUCACAUUUGGUUUGUUGAGCCUAAUAUUUGUUGAGAUUUUGCAGGACCCUGAUCUUUUGUGGUCCUGUAAAAGAUACUGAGGAAUGUCUUUCAGCCAAGCCAAGAGGAUGGUUUCAAUAAACCUAAUAAUCUGAA